AUGGCUCGCCUCGCAACCUUCGCGUUAUUAAAUGGACUAUUCGCACGUGUCUACAGCCUUGGUUUGAAGUUCGUCAACCCACCGCCCUAUGAUUCGAAUGACGGCCUCGAGGGAGACCAAGCCUUGUACAAAGUGGGCGAUACCGUGGACGUCAAAUGGACUAUGGAAGAUGAGUCCAAGCUUGUCUACCUGGUUCUGAAUCAAGUCAAGCUGUGGGGGUUGGACACGGCGGAUAGUGGCGACGAAACCAGAGACAAUACCGAUGUUCCUCGUACUUAUGGAGACGUCUACGAAGCGCCAUCGAAUCACAUACUGGAGGUCGGGAAGGAUCACGAGCAAUUGGGAGGCGAAUUGGGAGGCGAAUUGGAAGAUAAGCCAGCGAUUAAGCCUGAGGCCUUACCAUUGAGAUACGAGAUGGAAGCCAGCAGUGUUCAUGAGCUUGAUGACCAGUCAAUCAAACCAGAUGGACCUGUCAUCAAGAAGGAAACAUGA